AUGGCAUACACUUCUCGCAUCAGGAUACAGGGCGCCAACACGGACAAGCCCGUGGUGCGGCGCGAGCUGCGGGACAGGACGCCGAGGGAGGCCGUGAAGGCGGAGCAGGCGGCGACGGCGGCGGGCAACGCGUCGCCGUACACGGAAAAACCGCUACAGGACGAAGCCAACGGAUCGGGGCUGGACUGGGCUGCGGACGAGUCGCCGACGACGGCGAGCUCUGUGACGGGGCAGCCGCUGGAGGAGCCGCCGUCGGUGAAGGUGCGCAAGGAGGUGUUUGGCGGGAGACGCCGCGGGAAGGGAAAAGGACCGAAACGGUCGUCUACACCAGACUCGCUGGAUCAAGAGGACGAGGAGGCGUUUGAGGCUGAGGAACUAAAGUACAGAGCCGGGCUGAGCACGCGGCGGUCGGAGGAGCUCACGCAGCUGAGCACGGAGCGCGACGCGACGCACAGGACGCUGCGUCCUGUGGCGAAACGGCCACAGGAGCCUGUGGAGACAAACGGACAGUCGCGGCCGGGGUCGCGCAAACGGAGCCGUCGUGCGGUGGGGAACACGGCGGCGCUGUCGAGACGCGUGAAACAGUCGCCGCGCAAGAAGACACACGGCCAGCUGGCGGCGCCGACAGAGUCUGUUGUCGCAAGCCCCGACGACGACCCGACCUGCCUGGACCCGCCCGCGAGCGAGGACGACCUGCCGGACCACUGGUACUGCAACGAGUGCGUGGCGAGCCGGCAGAAACCCAGAAAGAGCCACAUCGGCAUCUUUUCUGCGCUGCUGGACGAGCUGAACACACGCAACCCGCUCGCGUUUCGGCUGCCGCGCGAAGUGGCCGAGGCGUUCGAGGGCGUCACAAUGAGCAAAGACGGCGACUUUGAGGACGACAACAUGAAGCCGCCAAAGACUUACAGCCAGCUGCUCGCCGAGGCCCAGGACCCGCUCACCAACGUGUACGACAAGGAGGGCAACCCGCUGUUCUGCUAUAAGUGCGAGAAGUCCGGGCUGAACAACCGGCUGCUCACGCGGUGCGACUACUGCUCGCUGGCGUGGCACCUGGACUGUCUCGACCCGCCGCUUACGUCAGCGAAGAUGCUGGGGUCGAAGUGGAUGUGUCCGAACCACGUGGAGACGGUGAACAAGAGCCGGCGCAAGCUGCGGCACCAGCCGAAGGUGGCGGUGGCGAUGACGCGCGACUUCAAGGCGCCGCGGGACGCGAACAUUGACAUUAUCAACGUGGAGGACUAUAGCGUCGACGAGCUCGAGCUGGAAGACACUUUCCCGCCAGACCCGGUCUUCCAGUUCCGCAGCACCGACAACGGCACCGCGUACAAGCUGAACAGGGACCUCGUGAGGAUCGGCAAGGCCGAGGAGAGCGAGAACGUGACGUACCAGAUCAAGGAGGAGGCCAUUAUUCUGGACUUCAUCAAGGGUACCAAGCACAAGCAGCAGCUCGAGCAGAGGGCGCGCGACUCGGAGAAUUUGCAGCUGUACGAGCGCGCCGCGCCGCAGUUGCGCGACUACCUGCUGGGCGUGGCAAAGCUGAGCGAGCGCUCGAUCAUCACCAACCGGCAGAAAAAGCUGAACCUGGACGAGCUGCUCAAGCAGAUCGACGACGAGUACCGGCUCGAGCACAGCGAGCUGUCGAAACAGGAGCUGCACGAGCUGCUGAUUGUGAAGAAGCUGAUGGAGCUCAAGGGCCACGACAAGCUGCUGGAGUUUCUGCGGUCGUAG